UUUAAGAAAUUAAAAGGUUCAACAGAAAAUCAAGAGGCUUGUUUGUAGGAAUAGAAGAAAAGGUUGGACAUAAAUGAAAGUUCAGAUAAGCAAACUCCCUGAGUGAGAACCGGAGGUAGAGCCGGAAAUUUGCUGUUCGGUGUUUCCCGCUCUGCCCUCCCCCAUGGCCUCGAGCAUUGGAUCGUCGGUCUUCCGCUGGAACAUUGCCCCUCCUCGCCCCAAGGUCCACCGAGAAUUGCAUACUCCGACGAAAGUCAGACUACCCAUCAUCAGAUUCCGGUUGAAGAACGAUUUGGAGCUGGAGAAGAUCGUUAAGGAAGCUGGCCUAAAGGCCUCAGACAGGAGGGUCUUGUAUGAUUCGGAGAUCGCGGACGUGGGUGUAAGAGACUUCAUGGAGAGGAGGAAGGAGUUCGCGAAAUCCGUGGAUGGCCCUCCGAGAUGGUUCUCUCCUAUGGAGUGUGGCCGUCCUCCUCCUGACGUUCCUCUGCUUCUCUACUUACCCGGUAUUGACACCAUUGGGCUUGGCUUGUUCUUGCACCACCAGCAGCUAGGAAAAAUUUUUGAAGUUUGGUGCCUGCAUAUUCCAAUUUUGGACCGGACACCAUUUGAAGCACUGGUGAAAUUUGUGGAAAAGACAGUGAGGUUGGAAAAUUCUUCAGCUCCACGUAGACCAGUAUAUCUUGUUGGUGAUUCUUUUGGGGGAUGUCUUGCUCUUUCUGUUGCAGCUCGUAACCCAGACGUUGACAUUGUAUUAUUAUUGGCCAAUCCUAUGACAUCUUUUAGCAGGUCCUGGAUGCAGUGUCUUUUACCUUUCUCAGAACUGAUUCCUGGUGAACUAAAGCUACCAAAUGACUAUCUUCUGAGCUUCCUUGUAGGUGACCUCAGUUGGCUGCUGACAACUGUCCUGGAUCCCUCGUAUGCUCAGCAGAUACCAGUAGAUGGUUUAGCAAAGGACUUUCUUAUGUGGAGGUUGAAGAUGCUUCGAGCAGCUUCAUCUUAUGCUAAUGCACGUCUCCAUGCUGUUAAAUCUGAAGGAUUGGUACUUGCCAGUGGCAAGGAUCAGUUUCUACCCAGUAGAGAGGAAGCUGACAGACUUUGCAGUAUACUGAGCCGCUGCAGGUUUCGGUACUUUAAGGAUAGUGGACAUUCCAUUUUUCUGGAUGAUGACAUUAAUUUGGUUUCAACUAUUAAAAGUGCUGGUCUAUAUAGGCGCUCAAGGAAGCUUGAUUAUGUUUCAGAUUUUCUUCCUCCAACUCUAAAUGAAUUCAGAAGAGCAUAUGAACCAUACAGGUGGAUAGAUCAUGCCACUAGCCCAGUGAUGCUUUCAAAAUUGGAAAGUGGGAAAAUUGUAAGAAGCCUUGAUGGAAUUCCUCUUGAGGGACCUGUUUUACUUGUUGGCUAUCACAUGUUGUUUGGUUGGGAAGUAAGUCCCCUUGUCCGGGAAUUCUUAAUGAAGGGCAUCCUCAUUCGAGGCAUUGCUCAUCCAUUCAUGUUUGAGAAGAGGACCGAGAAGGUGAUGCUUGAUGAAACACGCUUUGACCCUUUUAGAGCUUUAGGUGCUGUUCCUGUCUCAGCAACUGGCCUUUUCAAGCUACUUUCUCAAAAUUCACAUGUUCUUUUAUAUCCUGGAGGUGUACGUGAAGCUCUUCAUCGAAAGGGAGAGGAAUAUAAGUUGUUUUGGCCAGAACAGUCCGAAUUUGUCAGAAUGGCAGCUAGAUUUGGAGCAGCAAUCGUACCUUUUGCUGCUGUUGGAGAAGACGAUCUUUGUGAAUUGCUUCUUGAUUAUGAUGACCUUGUGAGGAUACCAACUGUGAAAUAUUUGAUAGAUGAGCUAAAUCGAGAUCUAACGAAAUUGAGGACCGCUGCUGUUGGUGAGUUAGGACAGCAAGCCCUCCAUGUCCCUGUGCUUAUGCCGAAGAUACCUGGUCGUAUGUACUACUUGUUUGGCAAGCCAAUUGAAACAAAAGGGAGGGAGGAGUUGCUGAGAGAUAGGAAGAGCACACACUUAAUGUACCUACAUGUGAAAUCUGAAGUUGAGAAGAACAUUUCUUAUCUACUACAAAAGAGGAAGUAUGAUCCGUACAGGACGCUGCCGUCUAGGGUGCUUUAUCAGGCCAUUCAUGGUCCUACAUCAGAAGUACCAACCUUCAGCCUCUGAUACUUCCAGUUUCUAACGGGCAUUAUCCAAUUUCUCUAUUCAUUAUUUGUCCUCUCUCUCUCUCUCUCUCUCUCUGUGUGCGUGUGUUUAGGAAAAUAGUAACAAUAAUAAAAGGUAGCAUCAGGAACUUCACAAAACUACUUUAUCUGUAUAAUACCAAGAAUGCAGAUGGUGGAACAUAAAAUAGGCUUUUGCAAUUGGUAACUGUUGAUCCUCAACUAA